AUGAACGGAGAUAACUAUUCCUCUAGGGACGGAGGCCGCCACGGCUCAUCUCGCGACUACCCACCUAGGAGAGACCGCGACGAUAGGCGCGACCGAGGUGAUACCCGCGACCGGGGCGGUGGCCGUAGACGCUCCCGAUCUCCCGACUACCGCAGCGGCCGAUCCCGUCGCGAGGACGGCGAUGUCGACGCCUACUCUUCUAGCCGAAGCCACCGUGACCGCGAGCGGGAAGACAGGUACUCGGGCCGAGAGCGUCGGGGGGGCGACCGGGGUGAGAGGGAAUGGGACCGGGAUCGUGGGGCUAGGAAUCGGCGGGAGGAUGACGACAGGCGUGGCGAUCGUCGCGGGGAGCGGGACUUGUUCGACGACCGUCGCGCGGGGGGCGGUAGGCGUGAGAGGGAGCAUGAACGGGAAAGGGAACGGCGGCGAAGUGCGUCGCCACCCCCGAAGAAGCGCGAACCAACGCCCGACCUCACCGACGUCGUUUCGGUUCUCGAUCGGAAGAGGCGCAUGACACAAUGGGAUCUGAAGCCGCCUGGGUACGACAACGUGACGGCUGAGCAGGCCAAGUUGUCUGGCAUGUUCCCCCUGCCUGGUGCGCCUCGGCAACAAGCAAUGGAUCCCACCAAGCUCCAGGCUUUCAUGAACCAGCCCAGUGGCACCGUCACCAACUCCGCCCUCAAACCCACGAAUUCCCGCCAGAGCAAACGUUUGAUCGUCUCGAACCUCCCACCAUCGGCCACCGACGACAGCUUAGCCAGCUUCUUCAACCUCCAACUCAAUGGGUUGAACGUCAUCGACGCUGCCGAUCCCUGCCUCCAGGCACAUGUCUCGCCCGAUCACACCUUUGGUAUGGUUGAGUUCAGGAACAACACGGACGCGACGGUAGCGUUGGCGCUGGAUGGUAUCACCAUGGAGGCGGACGAUGCGCCCGCGGCCAACGGCAACGGCGCUGGCCCACAGGGCUUGCAGAUUCGCCGGCCGAAGGACUACAUUGUGCCCGCAGUGGUGGAGGAUCCUAACUUUGAUCCGGAUGCCACCGUGCCAUCUAAUAUUGUGGUUGACAGCCCGAACAAGAUCAGCGUGACUAACUUGCCGCUCUAUCUGACGGAGGACCAAGUCAUGGAGUUGCUUGUCAGCUUUGGCAAGCUCAAGUCUUUUAUUCUGGUCAAGGAUAACGGGACUGAAGAGUCGAGAGGCAUUGCCUUCCUCGAAUACACUGAUCCAGGGGUCACCAGCGUUGCGAUCCAGGGCCUCAACAACAUGAUGCUCGGUGAGCGCGCGCUCAAGGUCCAGAAGGCCAGCAUUGGUAUCACCCAGGUAUCGGGCGAGAUGGGCGUCAAUGCCAUGUCCAUGCUUGCCGGUACCACAUCAGCGGACGCCGGCGCGGGCAGGGUGCUUCAGCUGUUGAACAUGGUGACGGCGGAUGAGCUGAUGGAUAACGAUGAUUACGAGGAAAUCCGUGAUGAUGUCCAGGAAGAGUGCGAGAAGUUUGGCACCAUUAUUUCCAUCAAGAUCCCGCGACCAGCCGGCGGGAGCAGGCAGUCCGCCGGUGUUGGGAAGAUUUUUAUUAAAUUCGAGACGCCGGAAGCCGCUACCAAAGCGCUACAGGCCUUGGCCGGCAGGAAGUUUGCUGACCGUACUGUCGUCACGACGUACUUCCCAGAGGAAAACUUUGACGUGAAUGCCUGGUAA